GGGGGGGGGGAGGUCCAAAUUUCUACCCCUAAACACUUCCACACUCCUUUCAGAUCCUGUUUCACAAAACUCAACCUAAUCGAAAUAUAAAUUUGAUAUUCGUAAUCGGUAGGUAAAACUGCAUAUAAAUGAUGUGCUGCUGAAGCUAUUUGAGAAAGAAUUGUUUUUCGAAUCCUGAGGAGACCCCAGAGGGAAAGUCUCGCUUGGAAAUAUUCCAAAACUCGGCCGUAGGAAACACUUCUAGUGGCUCCUUGAUACUUCUUAGAUAGAUAAAAGCGAAAACAAUCGUGGACAAAAAAAGAUGGCCUUAUUGCAACAUGUCCUUUUCACAUUUAAUUGUAAUAUGCUCGCUUAUGUAAAUAUUAGUGCAUAUUUUUUCAUCGUAACGACAGCACGUGUAGAGAAAAGUAAAAAAAAAAGAGAAUAUUGAAAGAAGGAAAUAGAUGCGACGAUAAGCACACUGAUGAAAAAAGCUACCUAUCUGAUGAAAAUGUCAUGCUUCGCUAAUUCACGUAAACAUGUUUAAGUGGGAAAAAACCAAGUAAUUAAAAUGUCAUGCUUCGCUGAUUCACGUAAACAUGCUUAAGUAGGAAAAAACCAAGUAAUUUUGUCAACGAUAAAUACGACGCCAAAUUGAUUACAAACACACAUAACAAACUCGCACUAUCCAGUAUUACUCAAUACCAUCCAACAGCAACAACACAAUCAUGCGACGAACAAUUCUAUCUGACUUUUGCAUGA